AUGCCUGGAUGGAGGUCUCAGUGGCGUCUUGUCCUGCUGAACUCCCUGACCUGUGGCCUGGAGAUCUGUGUGGCAGCUGGGAUCACAUACGUGCCCCCACUGCUUCUGGAGGCUGGAGUGGAGGAGCGCUACAUGACCAUGGUGCUAGGUAUUGGUCCAGUGCUCGGCCUGCUCUUCAUCCCUCUGAUUGGCUCAGCCAGUGACCACUGCAACAGCAGUUACGGCAGACGACGGCCGUUUAUCUGGCUGCUGUCUUCAGGAGUCCUUCUGGCACUAUUCAUCAUUCCCAACGCUGACGUUCUGGCCGCGCGCCUUGCCUGGGGUGGGCGCACCUUCCAGGUGGGCUUCCUUAUCCUUGGGGUGGGGCUCCUUGACUUUUGUGGGCAGGUGUGCUUCACCCCACUGGAGGCUCUUCUGUCGGACCUGUAUCGGGACGAGGAGGACUGCAGCCAAGCCUUCGCCAUGUUCUCCUUCAUGGUCAGCCUGGGAGGCUGCGUGGGCUAUCUGCUCCCAGCGCUGGACUGGAGUCGCGGCCUGCUCUCUGUUUACCUAGGUGGCCAGGCCGAGUGCCUCUUCUCCCUGCUCAUCCUCAUCUUCAUCACCAGUGUGCUCAUCACCAUGAAGGUGUCCGAGGAGCCCCUGUGUGCCAGCAGCGGCGUGGUGGGCUCUGGAUCUUUACUGGAGUCGGGAGCCAUGGCGAUAGAGGCCGGCCGUUGCGGCGUGCCGCGCUCGUGCUGCUACCUGCUGAAGUGCAAGCUGAGGCUGCUGAAGUCGGGACCCUUGCUGUGCCUGUUGAGGACGUGCUGGUCCAUGACCCCGGCCAUCUACAGGAGCUACUGCCACGUCCCGCGCGUGAUGAGGCAGCUGUGUGUGGCUCAGCUCUGCAGCUGGAUGGCUGUCAUGUCUUUUAUGCUUUUCUACACAGACUUUGUGGGGGAAGGCCUGUACGAGGGCGUGCCCAGCGCAUUACCAGGAAGUGUGUCCAAGCAAAGAUACGAUGAAGGUAUCCGUAUGGGCAGUCUGGGCCUGUUCCUGCAGUGUGCUACCUCAACCUUCUUCUCCCUGGUCAUGAGUCGUUUGGUUCGCCAUUUUGGCUCGCGGUGGGUCUACAUGAGCAGUAUGGUGAGCUUCACGGUCUCUGCUUUGGUCAUCUGCCUGUCCAAAAGUGUGGUCUUGGUCACUGUAAUGGCGUCCCUCACUGGCUAUGCGUACGCCACACUGCAGACUCUGCCCUACACACUCACCUGCCACUACCACAAGGACAAAGAGGUCUAUAUGCCAAAAAGGAAAACCAAAAGCAUGCAUAAAAAUGGUAUUACAACCAAGCGGGACAGUGUGUAUUUGACUCCUGUGGAAGAGGAGGGCGGAGUGAACCACAAAACGGGGACUCCCUACGGGCAUGCCUUCUUAAGCCAGGACAGUCAUGAGUACUAUUCGGGUCCACACAGCCAGAACGGCUCAUCUCACAGCUCGGGUGGCACCGAACAGGACGAGGCCGAUUCGGGGUAUGAGAAACGUGGUGUCGGUUUGGACUUUGCCAUCUUAGACAGCACCUUCCUACUAUCUCAGGUUUUCCCCACCCUCUUCAUGGGCAUGAUCGUUCAGUUCGCGCAGUCCGUCACCGCCUAUAUCGCCUGCUCGGCCAUCUUUGGGGCCGUCGCCAUCUACUUAGCCAGUCAAAUCAUCUUUGACCAAAAGGACCUCAAAAGCUAAGACUUGGAUGCAAAAAGAAAUGUGGAAAGCGAUGGAAUCACAAAUAAUCUAUCAAUCAUUCAGGUUCUAUGGGCGGAACUCAACAAUGCACUACUGUUUCCAGAAUGCCUUGCUCUAGUACUGUGGCUUUGCUAAUUAUGAAAGCUCUGCGUUAGGGAAGUGUGUGUGUCAGGUUAUAAGAUGAAGUGGUUAACGAAAGAAAAUGAAACAAGAUGCGUGUUAUCUGCCAAUGUUGUGCAGUUUCCUAGUCAGGCUGCAUUCACACCAAAUCAAGUGUUGCGGUGAAAAUGCCAGUCCUCCCAUUACUUUAAAUGUGGGUGGUGCGUUUAUUCUGUGGCGGUGGGGACCGCAGGGGAUGCUGGAACAAAAACGCAGCAGGCCCUGCGGUGAAAAGUUUAGCGUGCAUUCACACUGACUGCAUCGGUCCUCAGACGGUGCGGCGAAAAAGCAGGUCUGUCCAAUCAUUUUGAAUGGGGGUAGUACGUUUAGGCUGCAGCGCAGGGUGCCACAGGGGGGAGCCGGAAAAAAAACGCAGCGGCCUGUGGCGAGACGGAUUCAACUUUUGAAGAAACGCAACCUGACAUCACGUUGCAACGACCAAGCAUUUAAUUGGCAAUCGGACAUGGCAGUCGGUUUUGAGGCGGUGUCCCGUACAGUAAACAUCACUGCCUCUAUAUCUGCCACAAGAAAGUUUUAAAACGCCAAACGCAAGCUCUGAACUGCCCGGAAGUUUGUGGAACAGCUGACUGUUUCGUGCAGCAACAAAGCACAGUCCCUCCAUCUCUUUCCUCUCUUUCUUUUCUCUCUUUCGCCGUGAAUGAAGCUGCCUUCAAGUGCGGUCGGGAAAUGUCGUGAUUUAAUACUGCUCUGAUGGAAAACAAUAAUUGUGAACUAUAAAGUCAAAUGGGCAUGACACUGCAGAAAAUCGCCAGAUUGCUUCUUUUUUUCUAGUCUGAACGUGCCCUUAAACAAAUUCAACUUUUAGAGAGAGGCAACCCGACAUCACGCUGUGGUGGCCAAUCAUGUAACCGGCAGUGAGACCGGUAAAAACUUUGUUUACCGUGCAGCAUUGUAGAUAAAUAUAUCAACAUUAAUAUAUUUAUUAAUGUAACGUCUGCCUGUUAAGUCUGUUUCAGAGAAUCAGAGAGAAGCGCAGGCAUUUAACCCUUGUGUUGUCUUCCCGUCGACCAUUAACUUUCGGCAAAAUUGAAAAUGAACAUUUUUUGGCUCUUUUUCCCAAUGUUUUUGUCACUUUUUUCAAAGCUUUUUUUGAUUCAUGUUCAAUAAACCUCAUUUUUAUGACAUUAUACAUAUUUUUUAGUUUAAAAAAAAUAGUUAUGUUGAGUGGAUAUCACAGACUGCUUUAUGUCAAAGUUUAGUCAGGAUAUACUGUUGUGAAAACCAUUUAAAAAAAAUUUUUUUAAAUGCUUUAAAAUUGAAUAAAACACCCAACAUUUAAUUAAAGUAAACAAAUAUACAUUCAACAAUGUUCAAUUUGGGCAAUUUUGUUGAAAGAAACCCGUAUUUCGGAUAUAAAAAACUUUGAAAACUGGUCAAAUUCGACCCAAGGACAACACAAGGGUUAAGUGGCACUGAAAUGAGGCACCGAAAUCUGCGUUGUAUAUACCGGUCAUUAAGGCACCGGUGCCGUAUUAGCACCAGGAUUCGGUACCCAACCCUAAUCGAACCCAGGCCGCUGUGGUAAGGACUCACACCGCCGCACAACCCUGCGCUAAUUGCCACAAAGCCGGGUUUGGUGUGAAUGCAGCCUCAGAGCAGGUACUGUUUCCUGUCCCCCUCAACACCACCUGUGUGCUCUCUAUACUGAAUUCAAUUGAAUUCUCUAAAAAUCUCUCUAAAAACAUCUUUUCUGUCAAAUCGUCUUUUUCCUCAGGUACCACAAACAGAUCUACUGUAGAACCCAUCAACCUCAGACACACACCUUCUAACCUUGUCUGUGUUUUUGUAAUGGUCUUAUCUUAUAAGUACAGUCAGUGUUGUACUCAAAACAAAAUGUUAAACCGUGUUGGCUUGCACAGACUCACCUGCAGCAUCACUAAGCCAGUCUGGGGACUAGUCCUCAUCUUAUUGAGACAGGCCUGUCUUUUUGUCUUUCUAAACAGCAGAAUGGACAGAUUAAUGCAUUGUUUCUAUCUGUUCAGAAAAUAGAAUUACAAGUGGACUUGUCCA